AGUCUAAUAAUAUAUCUAAUUAUUUAGGUACGUACUGAUUCAGAUAUUAAUAUAAUUUCCGUAAGUUAUAUUUAAACUGUCAUGUUUUGUGCUACGAGUAUUUAUACAGGGAAACUGAAACGAAAGCACUAGAAGCACUUUAGUUGUUUAUAAGUAAUAAGCUGGCAAGUUGGAUAUUACUAAAAAAAAAUAAAAAAGUACGUGAACAUUUUGGGACUAGGAAGAACGUGCUAUGAAAAUUGUCAUUAAUUAAAAAGAAACAGUUCAAAUUUUUUGGACAUACAACCAGAAGAAACCCAACACACUAAAAUAUGUAGGUAAUACUAUUAUACUAAGUAUGAUGGAAGGGAAAAGAAUACCAUGGUAACCUGCAGGACGGGCAUCGCUAGUUUCCGCCAAAAAACCGGUUCCCUGAUUUAAGUAUAGCCCUUUUCCGCCAAAAGACAUUUCCGCAGAAGAAAGUUUGGAAACCAAUAGUAUUAAUUUUUAAACAAUAUAUAUGUUGUGGUAUAUAUAAAAUAAAAUAGUAAUGUAAAAUGGGUACAACAAUAUAUACAGCGAUAAUCUUCGAUAAUUGUUGAUAAUCGUCGAUAACGGAAGGAAGUAUACACUGUAUCAUAGUUUAUUUAUAAUUCGCACACAAUAAUUAUCUGACAAAUGUUAAAUUCUUAUAUUUCGAUUCAGUAUCUGUUCUGUUCGUCAGUUGAACAACAGUUAAUACGGUUUUUAAAAUGGAAUUUGUUGAAAGCAAAAGAGGUAAAAAGAUGUUGAUAUUUGAUGGUUUUAAAUAUGUUUUUGGUUAUACGUCACAAGCAAAUGUAACUCGGUGGAGAUGUUUCAUGAAAAAUUGUCCGGCCAAAAUUUUGGAAAAAGUAAAAGUAAUACUUGAAACGAAAGGUGAUCAUGAAGACAAUUGUUCAGUCAAAAAUAUAGAUCGUCAAAAAUUAGCAACGACAUGUAAGCGGAAAGCUGUCGAAGAUAUUGGUCAAAGACCUAGAAAAAUAAUACUAGGUGAGAUUCAACUAUUAAACUUAUACAAGUAUACAACAUAUUUAGUCAAAAUUAUUAUUUUAACUGUUUUUCAGGAGAAAUUAAUGCUUUUGGAGUUGCCCCAACAAUGACAAAUUGACAACAAAUGAUAUCUCUGCAUUACGAAAAUGUGUGUACCGUGCUCGUCAUCAGUUUUUACCGACGAAUCCAACAUGCAUAGCUGAUAUUCACAGUGCUGUAAGUUUAGUUAAUACUUUGAAGAUUAAUGAUGUUUCUUGUAAUUAUAUGAUUUUUUUUAAACCUAACCUAUACUUAAGAAUGUGAUUUUUAAAACCUGACAUAUACUUGUAUUAUAAUAAUUAAUAUUUUUUAUGAAAUUUUUAAUUAUUUAAAAAUAACGAUAUGUUUUUUCAAAACUCUAUUGAGACUAUAUUUGACCUAUACUUGUAUUAUAAUUUGAAAUAGUUAAAUAUAAUGUAUUAUCAUUAUCUACUUGUACUAUAAUUUAUAAUAAUAAAAAUAUUUUUGUAUGAUAAGAAUACGUAAGAUUUGUACAUGGUUCUUAAAUUGACGGAGACGCCUUUUCACAAAAAUAUAUUCACUGUAUAUUGUUGUACCUAUUCGCAAUUAUUUACAAAUGUAUCAUUGCUAUUACCUACAUUUUACAUUACUAUUUUAUUUUAUAUAUACCAAAACAUAAAUAUUGCUUAAAAAUUAAGACCAUUGGUUACCAAACUUUUUUUGCGGAAAUGUCUUUUGGUGGAAACGGGAAUCGAACCUUUUUCGUUUUUGGCGGAAAAGGGCUAUGGUGGAAACGGCCAAUAUUAUUUUGGCGGAAACGGGUAACUCCCUGCAGGACGACCUAGGAAUUCAUACAUCAGGUAAAUCCGGAAAGAUACAGGAGUCAGAGGUUAUAAAGUAACGAAAGAAAUGGGAAUAACCAUUUAAGACGGAGAAAAGGAUGAAAAAUAAUUGAAAUGAUUUAUAAUAUUUAUUAUAUAAUCUGUUUGUAUAUUAAUGUGAUUUAGUUUAUUUAUUAAAAUUGGAAUAUUCCUUGUUUUUGGUAUGAAAUAUAAAAUAUAAAAUACGAAUACCUAAUGAAAGCAAUGAUAGCAGUAUAGCAACAAUACAAUAGUUGAAAGAACUGCACCAUAAAAGAAAAAAAAAUAUUUUUGAUUAUAAAAAUAUCUGUGUAUUAAUGAGUUUUAUAUUUUUAUUGGACCGUAUGAACAUUUGCUUAUUUUGCUUUCCCCAUAUAGGCUAUAAUCCAACGAAAUAUAUUCUUAUAUACUAUGUACGAACUAUCAUUUUUUUUAUGGUCCAUCAGUUUCAUCACGGUUGUGGUUUAAGAAUAUUUUUUAUGUUUUAGAUUGUACUCAUUCCACUAGGGCACUAGGCGACUCAGCCCUAGAUCCACAAUAGGAUUUAUGGUUCAAGGCCCGUGCAGGAGUAACAAAGAUACCCAAAUCAAACGAUAUACAACCUGUAGUGUAAACGGCUUGAAUCAUGCCACAUAAAAGCAGUGGCGGAAGCAAGGGGUGCGUGUGUUAAUGGGGUAAAUACCCUCCCACUGAGUUAAUUAUAUUAAAUAUUAUUACCUAAAUGUAUUUAAUGAAUUUCGGUGGGGGG